GGGCUCCUCCACCGCCUGCUCCCCCAUUUUUCUCUUUUUCUCUUCAACCUCGCACCUCACUCCGCUGGAAAAGCUGCUCUCCACUCUCUUCAACUUUCACUCACGAAGGAUAGCCUAUUUAUUUCAAUCAACGCUGAUACGAGGCUGUAUAAAUUGAAAACAACCAUUCCUGGUUAUAAACAGCCCCAUGUAACGAGGAAAGUUUGAAUGUGACGCGAUGUUUUGGUGUUAAAAAAAAGUUCUAAGUGGGAAUUUCGUGAAAGAGUACGAGCAAUUUCUCAACUUGUCUAUAGGGGCGAAUGGGCGGCAGCUGCUGCUAUCUGCUGCACACAGCCAGUAUUGCAUCCAGUUGUGGCGCUCUGGUUCUCAAGCUUUAAAGAGCUAUUAGUCCACAACACAUCCCUUGCUAUGACAAAAUUUGCACAGUUCCACCAGCAGAUAAAUAUGUCAUGAAAAGUACACGCUACAAACUGAAUGACGUCAGAUAGAAGGACGGAUGGACAGAUGUAGAAAGAAUUGACCAAUUGAGUGAAAAUGGAUAGUCUGCAAUCUGCAAACCUGCUGGUGAAAAAUGCCAUAAAAAAUAUCGAUGGAUGGUUGGAAUUAUGAUUGUUUAUGUAAACUUGCGAAAUGUUUUUUCUCUAUUGGUUUUAUCUUGAUUGAUUGAUGGGUAUAGAGAGGUAUCUGUUGGAAAUAGCUGACAAUAUGUCGACUGUGUGUUGUUGCUUCUUUUUAUCAUCUAAUGUUGAACAAGCCGUGGCCGCUCUGCACUCUACAAAAAGGGGCCAUGAGCAGGCCUCAUCCUAUUGUGAUCUAUUGUAACAAGAGGGCACUGGGUAGGGCUGUGGAUCUUUUUGUUCCACAGAACGUCCCAGUGGGCUCACUCGCAGUCUGUUAAGAGUUGCACGAGCAAAGGUCGGCUCCAGGGUUCACCACCUGCACACUGGAACCAUCCCUGCGCGCUCAAAAUUAUCCAGAGGAAAAAGAAGCGAGUGAAAUGUAAGGAUGAAGAGGCAGAGUGUGGAUGGGGCUUAAAGGUGCAGCCAUGAGCUCACAUGUGGGGGUCAGCGGUGGGAACGGGAGCAGCAUCCGUGUGGAGCAACUUCUGCGACCGGCGCUUCCGGGAAGGAAAGUCCACAGCGAGAUAAGACGGGAUGGAGAUGAAAGAAGACACGCAAGAAGUUGGGAGAAAAGAGGGAGACUCAGGAAGUGUGUCAGUAUUGAAAAUGUCGGCAAUGGAUCAGAAGAGGGAGGAAGCACAGAGAGUCUGUCCAGCUCCGGUUCGGAUCAAGUGGAAUCUGCAGUUGGGUCGAACGCGGUGGCUAGCGGCAGCGCCAUCGUGAAUAAAACCGAUCUUCAGCAUCCACAAGCAGCGGGGAGGUGUUCGCCCCCAUCUCUCACCUCCGUUCGAAACAGCUCACCCGUCCCCUCUCGCCCUCAGAGAGCUUCAUCAUCCGGGACCACCUCAGUGAGGCCACCCAGCCGUCCUCCCAGAGACCCAUGCUGGGUGGAUGUGAGGACACCUGGCGGCUUGUCACAGACUUUGACCAACGCUGAGGGAGAGACCCACUUGGACGAGGAGGAAGAGGGCGGAGGUGUGAUGGACGUGACGAGCCCAUCUCGGAUCACGGUGCCGGAGCGGAUGAGCAAGAAGGAGAGGAAGAGAAUCAAAUGUGCGAGGAGGAGGCAGAAGAGGAAGGAGCGAUGGAGGCAAAGUCAGCUGCAGGGUUCCACAGGUAGCAUUACCAGCAGCAGCGAUGAGGAUGAAGAAGACGUGAGCAAGGAGGGAUACAUGUGCGCCGUGUGCCUGGACGUCUACUUCAGCCCGUACAUGUGUCAGCCGUGCAAGCACAUCUUUUGUGAACCUUGCCUGAGGACGUUGGCCAAGAACUGUCCCACCAGCACUCCCUGCCCCCUCUGCAGAACCAUCAUCACGCAUGUCUUCUUCCAGAAGGAGUUGAAUCAAAUGGUAAGGACGUUCUUCCCAAAGGAAUACGCAUGUCGGAAACAAAACUUCCAGAAAGCGACUUGUGCGAAAUGGCCUCUGCCCAGCUGCAGAAAACUCUUCAGAAUAUUUGGAGGUUUCAGGCCUUCCAGCCCCAUGGCGCGACGUCAGUUGCCCCGUGCGGGCGGCGGCUUCCGUCUGAGCGCGUUGGAUUUUGACGACGACGGCCGCGGGUGGCAUUUUGACAUGGAUAUGGUCAUCAUCUACAUUUACUCUGUCAACUGGAUUGUUGGCUUCUUCAUAGUUUGCAUCCUCUGUUAUCUCUUUUUCCCCUCUUUUUGACAGUCUGAUGGAGAUGAUGAUGAUGAUGAUGAUAAUGAGAUGAUGAUGAUGACAGGUUUUACAGAUUAAGCCGUUUGCUGCACUGUGGAAACAAGCAGGUGGGAUGUUGAGUGGAGCAGUGUCAGCUUGUUAUCAGCCAUUAAUAAACGAUUGAAAGGCCAUAUUGUGUAGGAGGCACAUUUGGGCGUUCAAUUUUCUCAGUGUGCACAUGAUAAACAAUAUGUUCUGUCCCGGAAUUGCGGGGGGUAGAUCAGAAGCAUUGAAAUAGAAGGGACAUUUGCACUCGGCUGUUUAUUGAUAACUGCACUUGUGGUGGUUUGAAUAAAGGCACCUUUUUUUUUUUU